UCACGUCCGGAGGGUUUAGCUUUGUACACAGGAAGUAAAAUUCAAGUCAGCCUCAGACAAGUAGGUUGUACAUCGCCAGUGUAUCAAGUGUUUUCAGUCAGUAAACAGAAUCAUUUCAUAUCAUAAGCAAUUGUAUACUGGUAAUUCAAGAUGCUGAUCAAAGUUAAGACUCUCACUGGAAAAGAAAUAGAGAUCGACAUUGAGCCCACAGACAAGGUGGAGCGGAUUAAAGAAAGGGUGGAAGAGAAGGAAGGGAUCCCCCCACAGCAACAGAGACUCAUCUACAGCGGCAAACAGAUGAAUGACGAGAAGACAGCCGCAGACUACAAGAUCCAGGGAGGCUCGGUGCUCCAUCUUGUGUUGGCGCUAAGAGGCGGCUCAACACCACACAGGCCCAGCAUACACCUCUCCUCUUUGUCAUGAGUCGCCGUUGUGUUGGGGCCAGCUGAGUGCCAACGCUUUAGGUGUCUGUCACCGUCUAACCAUGUUUCAGCACAGAGAUCUGAAAUCCCACGCUCCCGGGCCGACGCAAACAAAAAAAAGAAUAAUAAUCAACCAACAACGGCAACAACAAAAAAAGAGAGAGAAAAAAAAAAGGACGUUCUAAUUCCUUCGUAGAUGUUUUUUGUAAACCCACAUUAGCUUUUUGAGUUUGACAAGUUGAUGCAGAAACCCAUGCAGUACAGAAGACGGUUUGAAAACACUGUGGUCUUUUUGCUUGUGAAUAAAUGCUGAAGUUGAGUGAAGCGUUGUCCUCUAACACGCACACACUCACACACACUAAGCACAGACACAGGAGGCUGAGGAUUCUGAAAACUGAAUUUUUCUUUAAUUAGAAAAUGACACAAAACUGAAAAUUUAAGACAAUUUACGUAAUUGACAGAAUACACCUCUUGUCAUUUUCUCUACAGUUUAGUAGAUGUGGUGAUCUGAAACAGUCUGGUAGAGAUGAAAAACCAUUUCACUGACAUUUAGAGCACCAUUGCUGACAUCCAGGAGUGUUUUUUUAACUGAGGUCUGUGAUUAUGAGAUGAGUCAUCAAGUUACUGAGGUGAUGCACUGUCUCCAUCUUAAAAGGUGUGUUUUACAGUUUUUCCUUCUACAACAAAGGGUUGUAUUAGAGAUUUUUCCAAAGUCUUAUCAACUAAUUGUGCUUGUAUACUUAAAAUCUGAAAUAUACAUCUUGUAUCACUAUACAGUCUUCAGAAAAUAAAAUAACCUCUGUAAACAACAGAUGGGGAGAUACUGGUCAGCAAAAGCAUGCUUGAAUGGUAAUGAUAAAAACAUGUCUAUAUGAAUACAUUGCUCGCAUUCAAAACAAUUCCUUGACCUCUUAAACCAAAUAUAAUUGCGUUUUGUACAUGAGAUAAACCUCAGUUCUUCAAGGGAUGAAAGGCACAGGAGAAUUAAUUAGGAGGAUUCUCUGAGCGGUUCAGCUGAAUGAGGCAUGGAAAAAUGUACAACACAUGAGGUUGUGUUUAAAAUCCUACACCUGUCAAUCUCAAAUUCAUGUCAUGGCGUUCCCCAGUAAAAUGUUUUAAUAAUAGUAGUGGGUCAUUAGUAAGUGAUUAGCUGCUUUUCAACAAAGUGAGGAUGUAAAGGCAAACGUUAGGUAAAAGAAAUCACAUAAAAGGGAAUAAACGAGUACUAUGGGAGGACAACUGAUCUAGUGGUGCGUACUGACUGACAGGAGCCACAGAAAAAUACAUGUUCAUGGAGUGAAACAACUACAAUCAACUGUAGUGGCUUUAAAAAAAAAAAGAA